AUGGAACCACCGUCAUACGAGGAGGCCAGUCUCAGCCCUCCUGUUGUCAGCUCAGCGGUAUUCAUCGUCCCUCCUCCCCCUUCAUACGAUGUCUCUCAGCACUCGCCUCCAACACCUCCACCCACCUACGGAGAAGCAGUAACAGUCCAGCCGGGUCCAUUUCCUGUCCUGACUCCACCUCAGAUUCAAACUCAAGCGGCGUCACCUUCACGAAACACCGGAGUCAUCAUCCAUCCAGUUACCCAAAUCGGUGUAUCGUCUGUCAGCAGCAGACAAACACAACCAGUCGUGACCCAGCAGCCUCCGCCUGUUCCUGUCGCACUCUCAUAUCUGGGAGACGUCCCUGCCGUGGUACGCUGCCCGCACUGCCACCACAUUGUCACCACCAAAGUCACAUACCAUCCUGGGAAGGCUGCCUGGUGCACGUGUUUACUUCUCUCUUUGAUGGGGUUAGUGUGCGGUUGCUGUCUGAUCCCGUUCAUGGUACACAGCCUUCAGGAUGUACAUCAUUCCUGCCCGCACUGUGAAAGACAUCUGCACACAAACCCGAGAUGA